AUGGACUCAAAGCCCAUACGGAAGACGGAAGAUGACGACCUGACAUCUUACUUCGACAAGAGCGCUACCACAGUGCGAGACACACUGCAGAGGCUCGAGAACGAUGUGACCCGCCCUGUUGUUGAAAACCUGCUCAAUGCGUUUCGUCAGCAUCCCAUACGCUCUACGUACUUGAUCAUUUUUGUUGCUCUCAGUAUGCUACCAGCUCUCUCCUUCAUCGGCUUUUCAUUAUUCGUCUUUACUACCUUCAUAUGCGCAGCCCUCACCGCAGCCCUAGUGACUGCUAUGGCAAUCGUGGCGUUGUUUGGCACGUAUAUACGGCAUUGCAUAUUGUUCCUUGGGACGCUUUUCCUUCUAUUCGGUGUCUCACUAUUCCUGACGACGGCAAUCCUCGGUGUCUACCUGCUAGUCCGCCUCGCUCUUCUCACGUAUGACGCUGGUCCGCGUGCCGGCGUCGUGCAGUGGGCACACGAGAGCAGGAAGCAGCUUCUACCUUCGCGCUUCCAGCCCGCCGAAUCUCACUCCGCUGAGGUACAGCCGGAGCCAAAGCGAGGAGGCCCGUCACACGAGGAAGUGGGUGCAGAAAACAUACCCGUUGAGGGUUUCACAGGUUCGCGAGUGGGUGGCCUAGCCGGGAAUGGUGCGGUCGGGGCAGAUCUAGGGUCGCCGCCGACCGUAGCGAAGAGGGAGCUUGAGAAGGAGUGAAGAGGAAGGGCCUUAUUCUCCCAUUGAUGCCUUGUGUUUCGUUCUCGUGCACUGUUGUCUGCUGUCUUUGCGAUGUUCUUCCCCCCGUUCUUCGUCCGAGUCCUCGUUGUGGAUACCGUAAAGCGAAGUUAAUCCUCACGUUCGCUGGAUCUGCCCGGGUACCCUCCUCCUCCACAGCCUCCGAGCGACCUAUAGAUGGCACAUUGAACCCACAGUCGAUUUGCAGUCGAUAAUUGCAUUUGCCUCUGUGGGAAUGUGCUCGAGCGUUGGUGAAUGUGGGGAGAUCUAAUCGCAUACGGAGAUCAAACCUCGGCGUUACGGGCCACGGCUCGCAGAACUCACGCGUU